UUCCCUUUCCCCGAUCCCUUGGAACCGAGCCUACAAGCCUUCCUUCCCUUCCUUCCAGCAGCAGCGUGCAAUUCUGGGUCCUUCUCUGCUUGGAGCGGCAUCCUUCUUCCUUCCCAGAUCCCUUCCCACCCGGGAGAGACAGGGACACACAGAUCGUCGUCGCCCUCUUUACCUUCUCAGCCUAGCUAGAGGUCUCCUCCAGCCCUUCUCCCAGAAGCAGAGGCGGGUAGACCGGGACCUCCAAAGAGAUCUCCAGGUUUCUUUCCAAAGCAGCCAAGGUGAAGUGAUCGAGGGUAGACCUGGACCUCUCAACACUCUGCUCAUCAUUUCAUUAUUGCCAGCCAGGUGAGGCGAGGGCAGGUAGACCAGGACCUCCAAAGAGAUUUCAGUCCCAUAAAGCAUCCCUGUGCUUUUUUACAAGCAGCCAGGAGAAGUGAGGGCAGUAGCAGGAGUAGCAGUCGCAGCUUCAUUUAUAUACUGUUUCAUACUGACUGAGCAGUUUCUAAGCGGUUUACAACUGUAAGUUCAUUGCCCCCCCCCAACAAGCUGGGUACUCAUUUGAGCAACCUCGGAAGGACGCAAGCCUGAGUUGAGCUUGAGCCCUUGGCUGGGAUUGAACUCACAACCUUAUGCAUUGUGAGCCAUCAGCUGCAGUACAGGCCAUUUAACUCCUGCACCACCAGACUAGGACCUCCAGAGAGAUUUCUGGCCCAUACAGCCUCCCUGUGCUUAUUUACAAGCAGCCAGGGGAGGUCAAGGCAGGUAGACCAGGAUUACAGAUCCAUUUCCCCUCAGAGACCACCACCUCAGCAGAGCCUUGCCCACCACCCACUAUGGGCUCCCCUUUGAAACGCACCCCACUGCUCCGUGCCUUCCUUCCGCCACCCCAGCAGCAGCAACAGCAGCAGCUCCUGCCCACGUCCUCAGUGUGCGCCCUGGAGCCCAAGGCUGAGCUGCCCCCCGUCUGCCCACGGCCCCCCUCCACCCCUCACUCGCUCUCCGCUCUGCCGGGCCCCACCAAAUGGCCUCUCAUGGGCAGCCUCCUGGACAUCCUCUGGAAAGGAGGCCUCAAGAGACAACACGAAACCCUGGCAGAUUACCACCGCAAGUUUGGCAAGAUCUUCAGAAUGAAGCUAGGCGCUUUUGACUCUGUACACAUUGGUGCACCCUGCUUGCUUGAGGCUCUCUACAGGAAAGAGAGUGCCUACCCACAGCGUCUAGAGAUCAAGCCCUGGAAAGCUUACCGGGAUUACCGUAAAGAGGGCUACGGGCUCCUUAUCCUGGAAGGGAAAGACUGGCAGAGAGUAAGAAGUGCAUUUCAGAAGAAAUUAAUGAAGCCCACAGAAAUUGUCAAACUUGAUGCUAAAAUCAAUGAGGUCCUAGCAGAUUUCAUGAAACAAAUGGACAUUCUUUGUAACCAGAAUGGAAAAAUUGAAGAUUUAUAUUCUGAACUGAACAAAUGGUCAUUUGAAAGUAUUUGUCUGGUGCUAUAUGGGAAAAGGUUUGGACUUCUGCAGCAGGAUGUAGGAGAUGAAGGCUUGAAUUUCAUCAAGGCUGUGAAAACGAUGAUGGGUACCUUUGGAAAGAUGAUGGUGACUCCUGUUGAGCUCCAUAAAAGUCUGAAUACUAAAGUCUGGCAGGCUCACACAAAGGCAUGGGACAAUAUCUUUAAGACAGUCAAAUGUUCAAUUGACAGCAGGCUGAAGAAGCACUCAGCCAACCCCUCUGAAGAUUUUCUCUGUGACAUUUAUUUUGGGAGUCAGCUUUCAAAGAAGGAGCUGUAUGCUGCUAUUACGGAGCUCCAAAUCGCUGGCGUUGAAACGACUGCCAACAGUUUACUUUGGGCUCUCUACAACAUCUCAUGCAACCCGGAUGUCCAGGCAAAACUGUAUGAAGAAAUACAGAGUGUGGUCCCAGAUGGUGACGACCCAAAUGCUGAACAUCUAAAGAAAAUGCCCUAUUUAAAGGCAUGCCUGAAAGAAUCUAUGAGGUUAACACCAUCUGUGCCAUUUACAACUCGGACCCUUGACAAAGAAAUGGUUCUCGGAAAUUAUGCUCUUCCUAAAGGGACAGUGUUGAUGAUCAACAGUCAUGCUCUGGGAUGCAAUGAAGAAUACUUCAGUGACUGGACUCAAUUUAAGCCAGAGCGUUGGCUCCAGAAGAACAUCAAUCCCUUUGCUCAUGUUCCAUUUGGCAUUGGGAAGAGGAUGUGCAUUGGACGCCGCUUGGCAGAGUUGCAGCUUCAGUUAGCUCUCUCUUGGCUUGUACGGAAGUAUCAGAUAGUAGCAACAGAUGACAAACCAGUAGAAACCCUGCAUUUGGGAAUCCUUAUCCCCAACAGAGAACUUCCCAUUGCAUUCAGGAGACGUUAAGAUACUUCUGAAGAAAACAGCUGACUGCUGACUGCUGCUUUUUGUGCAGACAAUAUUCUUGAUGGCUGGAGCCCAAACUACUAGCGGCUAGGCAGUGGGUGUGCUGAUGCCAAGGCGAGAACAAUGGACAUCCAAAGCUAGCUUUGACCUUGCUUAAGGGACAAAUCUAUCAAACUGUGCUUAGCACACUCUAAAAGCUAUAAUGAAAGGAGAAACAGACCCUGCCUUUAUUAUAGAGGCAUGGAAUAGAAGGGUGACAGAGCUAAACAGACUGGCAGAGUCCAAUGGAUCUUUUCAUGCAGCCUUGGCAAAAAUCCAUUUCUGCUCACCUGCCAAUGUGAAAUCAACAUCCACCCUGUUAAUGUUUCUGGGAUCUGCUGGCCAAGAAUGGGUGAAACAGUUCUGCAAGAUCAGCAUUACAGAGCAGGGCAUGGCAGCAAGGGAAGAGAAACUUGCUUCAUCUCAUCCCAAAUUCUCAAGGGGUCAAUGCAAUGUUCAAGAGAGCAUUUUAUCCAGUUGCAGGGCUAGUUUGUGAUUGGGAAAAUAAAAUGAUAGAGGAAAGAAGCAUACCAAGAGAGGGACCAAUUUUAGAUUUUCAUAUAGGACAAGGAAACAACAAAAAUAUGAUUAAUAUGUCUGUUGCUGCAAUGACAUAGAAGAAUUUACUACUGUAUGAUAUUGAUCAAAACGCAAAAGGUAUCUAACUGCCUCAGUGUUGCAAACACUGUGUAGAUUAUCCAGUUCUACUGUGCCUGUAUUCCCUCUUAGCUACAUGGGCUCACAGGCUGUCAUUGCACUGGGUAACAGAUCUGUACUACAGCUUGGAGAAGUUACAUUUUUUCCGUACAACACUAGAAUUCUCCAGUCAGUAUGGCCACUAGUUGGUGAUUCAGGGUCUUGUAAUCCAAAAAGUAACUUUUCUGAGCUUCAGGUAUGUACAUGUUUCCAAUAGCAUUAUCUAGCCCUUUCUAUUGUUUAGUGCUCUGAAUAAGUAACUAGAUACAAAUGAUGGGUUCAACAUACUCUUAUGGAAUAAUUCUGUGUUUUAAAUACACAUAUCAUCUUGGGGGGAUUCUGUACAUUGUUCAGAAGGAGUUUAUUGUACAACACAGUCAGGGCUGCACAAUCAAACCUCAUGUUUUUGCUAGCAGUGUGGCAAUAUCCUCCCCACCACAAAGAGAGAGAGAGAGAGAG